AUGACUUCUGUCAAUAGCACACAGCUCCAUCCCCUCUUCUUUCUACUGGUCGGAAUUCCAGGCCUGGAAGCUGUUCAUGUCUGGAUUGCUUUCCCAUUCUGCCUUGUGUAUCUGACAUCCCUUGUGGGGAACAUCACCAUUCUCUUUGUGAUCAAGACUGAACACAGUCUCCACCAGCCCAUGUUCUACUUCCUGGCCACGUUGUCUCUGAUUGAUCUGGGUCUCUCCACGUCCACCAUCCCCAAAAUGCUGGGCAUCUUCUGGUUCAAUCUCCAAAAGAUCAGCUUCGGGGGCUGCCUGGCUCAGAUGUUCUUCAUCCACCUGUUCACAGGCAUGGGGACUGUUUUGCUGGUGGUCAUGGCUUACGACCGGUUUGUUGCCAUCUGCAAUCCUCUCCAGUACACUGUGAUCCUCACCAAUAGAACCAUCAGCCUUCUCCUCUCUGUUGUUGUUGGAGAUUUAAUUCUUGUGACUCCGUUCUUGUUUCUCAUUCUGCGUCUGCCCUUCCAUGGGCACCACGUCAUGCCUCAUACAUACUGUGAACACAUGGGUCUUGCCAGACUGGCCUGUGCACCCAUCAAGAUCAACAUCAUCUAUGGACUCAUUGUGAUUUCUAAUAUCCUUAUGGAUAUGAUUCUGAUUGCCUCUUCCUAUGUGCUUAUCCUCUGAGCUGUUUUCUGCCUUCCCUCUCAAGACACCCGACUAAAGGCUCUCAAUACCUGUGGUUCCCACGUCUGUGUCAUGCUGUGUUUCUACACACCAGCCUUGUUCUCUUUUAUGACACACCUCUUUGGCCAAAACAUUCCCCACUACAUCCAUAUCCUUUUAGCUAAUCUAUAUGUGGUUCUCCCACCUGCCCUUAACCCUGUCAAUUAUGGAGUCAGAACUAAGCAGAUAGGAGAGUGGGUUAUAAAGAUAUUUGUACAAAAAGAACAUUGCUGUAUAAAGCUUGAGUAA